AUGGGGCCAGGGGUGCACUCACACGAAAUCCCGGAGCCGCAAUAUGGGGCCCCUGCUCCUGCUCCCAAGCCUCAGCCCCAGUACGGAGCUCCAGCUCCUGCUCCUAAGCCCCAAUCCCAGUACGGGUCUCCUGCCCCUGCUCCUCAGCCUCAGUACGGGUCUUCAGCUCCUGCCCCUAAGCCUCAACCUCAGUACGGGGCCCCUGCUCCUGCUCCUGCUCCUAAGCCUCAACCUCAGUACGGAGCUCCUGCUUCUGCUCCUAAGCCUCAACCUCAAUACGGAGCUCCUGCUCCUGCUCCUAGGCCUCAAUCUCAGUACGGGGCUCCUGCUCCCGCUCCUGCCCCUCAGCCUCAGUACGGAGCUCCUGCCCCUGCGCCUGCUCCUAAGCCUCAACCUCAGUACGGAGCUCCUGCUCCUGCCCCUAAGCCUCAACCUCAGUACGGAGCUCCUGCUCCUGCACCCAAGCCUCAACCUCAGUACGGAGCUCCUGCUCCUGCUCCUAAACCUCAACCUCAGUACGGAGUUCCCGCCCCUGCUCCUGCUCCUAAGCCUCAACCUCAGUACGGAGCUCCUGCUCCUGCUCCUAAGCCUCAACCUCAGUACGGAGCUCCCGCUCCUGCUCCUGCUCCUAAGCCUCAACCCCAGUACGGGGCUCCUGCUCCCGCUCCUAAGCCUCAACCUCAGUACGGAGCUCCCGCUCCUGCUCCCCAGCCUCAGCCAGCUCAGGGCUACAGUCAGCCUGCCGCUCCAGCUCCACAGCCGUCCUAUCAGCCUGUGCCUGCGCCUACCUACCAGCCUCCACCACAGCCUGCCAAGCCCGCUGGCGGCUCUGCCAAGCCCUCAGGCUAUGGUCCCAACUAUCGGGACCCAGGCAUGGGAGAGCCCGGCGACGGCGGCUUCAUCAUGCCCUGGAACGUCCCAAACACCAUCCAGAGCGCGCUCGAGACGGGUCUCAAGCCAGGCUGGUGA